CAGCUGCGAACGGCUUUCAGUCAAUUGCUCGCACUGAUGCGAUUACAUCUAUAGAAAAAUGCCAAAGGUCGUGCUAUAUGGUAUUGACAUGUCCCCGCCAGUGCGGGCUUGUUUAGUAACACUCAAAGCACUGGAGGUUCCGUUCGAGUAUAAAGUGGUUAAUUUGGGUACAGCCGAGAACCGCUCGCCAGAAUACUUGAAGAUGAAUCCACAAGGCACGGUGCCAGUGUUGGAUGACAACGGUACAAUCGUAACGGACUCGCAUGCCAUAUGCAUAUAUCUAUGCGAGAAGUAUGCCAAGACAGAUGCACUUUAUCCCAAGGAUCUGUUGAAGCGCACAGAAGUCAAUCAGCGCUUGUUCUUCGAUGCCAGCGUCAUCUAUAAGGCGCUGUGGAAUGUGAGCAGUGUCUUCUGGAUGCGGGGCAUCACAGAGGUGACCAAGGAACGGACAGACAACGUUCAUGGAGCCCUCCGUUUGACAGAAGUUCUUCUGGAAAAACCGUACAUUGCUGGCGAUGCAUUGACCAUUGCUGAUUUCUGCUGUGCUGCCACUGUCUCAUCCAUGCCAGCAGUUUUUGACAUUGAUCCACAGAAAUAUCCGAAGAUCACCGCUUGGCUUGCGCGUCUCAGCAAGUUGCCUUACUUUGAGGAAUUCAACAAUAAGGGUGCCAAGGAGUAUUCAACAUUCAUGAGAAGCCAGUGGACCAAAGUGGAGCUCUAAACUAACUUAUAAGAAUAUCUAUAUGGGAAUAACUAUCGUUUUUAGUAAUAAAAAAAUUAUGUAUAUUAAA